CGGAGCGGGCGCGGGGCCCCAGGCCGCGGGCGGCGCGGGACGGCGGCGCGGGUGCGGAUCAGCCAGUAGACAUGAUGAACAUCAAGGCCUUCACCUUGGUCUCUGCUGUUGACCAGGAGCUGCUGAUGGGUGACAAAGAACGCAUCAGCAUUGAGUGCGUGGAGUGCUGCGGGAAGAACCUCUACAUCGGCACCAACGACUGCUUCAUUUACCACUUCCUGUUGGAGGAGAAGGCUCUUCCCGCGGGGACAGCUGCGUUCACUGCCACCAAACAACUGCAUAAACAUCUGGGCUUCAAGAAGCCGGUGAAUGAGCUGCGAGCAGCCUCAGCCCUUAACAGGCUCUUGGUGCUGUGUGACAACUCCAUAACCCUGGUCAAUAUGCUGAACCUGGAGCCUGUCCCCUCUGGAGCCCGCAUUAAAGGGGCUGUGACAUUUGCUCUGAAUGAGAACCCUGUAAGCGGGGACCCAUUCUGUGUGGAAGUGUGCAUCAUCUCUGUGAAACGUAGAACAAUCCAGGUGUUUCUGGUGUACGAGGACCGUGUUCAGAUAGUCAAGGAAGUGUCCACCCCAGAGCAGCCCCUCGCCGUGGCUGUGGAUGGCCACUUCUUGUGCCUGGCACUGACCACACAGUAUAUCAUCCUGAACUACAGCACGGGCCUCUUCCAAGAUCUGUUUCCCUACUGCAGUGAGGAGAAGCUGCCGAUUGUCAAGAGGAUAGGCAGACAGGAGUUCCUGCUGGCUGGCCCAGGAGGCCUGGGCAUGUUUGCCACUGUGGCUGGGAUCUCCCAGCGUGCCCCUGUGCACUGGUCAGAGAAUGUGAUCGGGGCGGCCAUUUGCUUCCCGUAUGUCAUAGCACUUGAUGACGAGUUCAUCACAGUUCACAGCAUGUUGGAUCAGCAGCAAAAACAGUCCCUGCCCUUUAAGGAAGGCCACAUCCUACAGGACUUUGAAGGAAGAGUGAUUGUUGCCACAAGUAAAGGAGUUUACAUCUUGGUUCCAUUACCUUUGGAAAAACAAAUACAGGAUCUACUAGCAAGCCAGAGAGUGGAGGAGGCUUUGGUUUUAGCCAAAGGAGCCCGGAGGAACAUUCCAAAAGAAAAAUUUCAGGUAAUGUACAGGAGAAUUCUGCAGCAGGCGGGCUUUAUACAGUUUGCACAACUUCAGUUCCUGGAAGCUAAAGAGCUCUUCAGAAGCGGCCAGCUUGAUGUCCGGGAGCUGAUCUCUCUGUACCCCUUCCUGUUGCCCACCUCCUCUUCAUUCACCCGGUCUCAUCCUCCUCUGCACGAGUAUGCAGACCUGAACCAGCUGACCCAAGGAGACCAGGAGAAGAUGGCCAAGUGCAAACGCUUCCUCAUGAGCUACCUGAAUGAAGUCCGCAGCACAGAAGUAGCAAAUGGCUACAAAGAAGACAUAGACACAGCCUUGCUCAAACUGUAUGCAGAGGCUGACCAUGACAGCCUGCUGGACCUCCUGGUCACUGAGAACUUCUGUCUUCUGACUGACAGUGCUGCCUGGCUAGAGAAGCACAGAAAGUAUUUUGCACUUGGACUGCUCUAUCAUUACAAUAACCAAGAUGCAGCUGCAGUUCAGUUGUGGGUGAACAUUGUGAACGGGGAUAUCCAGGACUGCACACGCUCAGACCUGUAUGAAUACAUUGUGGAUUUUCUUACCUACUGCUUAGACCGAGAGCUGGUGUGGACCUAUGCUGACUGGGUCUUGCAGAGAAGUGAGGAGAUUGGAGUUCAAGUUUUCACCAAGAGACCUUUGGAUGAACAGCAGAAAAAUAAUUUUAAUCCAGAUGAUAUUAUCAAUUGCCUUAAAAAGUACCCUAAAGCUCUGGUUACGUAUCUGGAACACCUCGUUAUCGACAGGAGUCUGCAGAAAGAAGAAUACCACACCCACCUGGCUGUCCUGUACCUAGAAGAGGUGUUGCGGCAGAGGACGCCUGCCAGCAACAAGGACACUGAAGCCACUGAGACUCAAACCAAACUACGGCGCCUACUCCAGAAGUCCGACUUGUACCGAGUCCACUUUCUGAUAGAGAGGAUCCAGGGUGCCAGCCUGCCCAUGGAGCGUGCUAUCCUUCACGGGAAGCUGGGUGAGCAUGAGAAAGCCCUGCAUAUCCUGGUGCAUGAGCUGGGGGACUUCUCGGCAGCCGAGGACUACUGCCUAUGGGGCUCUGAGGGCCAGGAUGCACUCUGCCGCCAGCGCCUCUUCCACAUGUUGCUUGCCAUGUAUCUCCAUGCCGACCCCUCUGCCCAUGAACUAACCAUGCCUGCCGUGGACCUGCUGAACCGUCAUGCCAGGGAGUUCGAUGCCACCCAGGUGCUGCAGCUGUUGCCUGGCACCUGGUCAGUGCAGCUACUGUGCCCCUUCUUGAUGGGAGCUGUGAGGGACAGCAUCCACACCAGGAGGACCACACAGGUUGCUCUUGGCCUGGCCAGGUCGGAAAACUUGAUCUACACGUAUGAUAAGAUGAAGUUGAAGGGAAGUGUCAUCCGGCUCUCGGACAAAAAGCUCUGCCAGCUUUGCCAGAACCCUUUUGGUGAGCCUGCGUUUGUCAGAUACCCAAAUGGAGGGCUUGUGCACACCCACUGUGCUGCCAGCAGACACACGACUCCCAACUCACCCAGUCCUGGCACCCGGACUUGAAAAGCUCAGCUCCAGAGUGUCAGGGGAACUCCAAAUUCUUUCUCCAGCCUGCUGGACUCAAGGAGCAGACAGCUUCCAUGCUCUGCCGCAGCCAGAACCAAGGGAAGGCAUCUGGGUGCUGGGAGACGCCAGUCCCUGUGAACCAGGACACCUCACUGCUGAUUGCUUUUUGUGUGAAUGUAAAUUGAAAAUUCCAAAAAUAGAAUCAGGCAGGAGUUCACCUGUCUAGUAACAGUUAUCUAAAGCACAGGUCUCCUUCAAAAGAAGGGAGUCUUCCCUGUGCAGUGCAGACACAGGUGGUGUCCCACCCCUACCCAUCCUACCUUUAGACAUGUGUGUUGCUCCUUAUGGUCUGGAGACAAAGCCCUUCCUGGCCAGGGCAAGUGUCGGGGUGCAGAACCCCGGGGUGAGCACCUUACCUCUUGAGCAGCAGUGUUCUCCACCCACAUGGGGCUCUGCCUUUGCCCCUAGAGGGGCUGACCUUAGGGACAUAUUUUUUGUUCUUUCUCCUCCAGCUCUCAACCCCUAAAGCUUCUGCCUUGUUUACCUAAGCACUCAUUUUUAAGUAAAUUCCUAAGCCUCUGGCUGCCUGGCAAAUGGAGAGCUAUUUAGAAGCUGACCAAACUCCAGGCAAGAAGCCGCCUCGCCCAUCCUGAAGGUGGCCGUGGAAAGGGAACCUGUGGCAGGUGAGGGCCCAGGGCACAGUUCUUUCUGGUCACAUCAGCUGCUGAUUGGAAAUGCCUCAAUGA